AUGGUGUCGGGGGCCUUGAUGUAUACAUUGUUGGUGGCUAACGCUGCGGCCAUGAUGUCCAACGUUGACAUAACAGCAAAGGCAUACAAGAGCAAGAUGAAUCAUCUCGACGACUACAUGACCUUCAUGAAGCUCCCCAAGGAGUUGCGCACCCGCAUCAGCAGCUACUACCAGGCCCGCUACGGGGGGAAAUGGUUUGAUGAAAAGGACAUAUUAAAUUGGGUGUCUGAGUCUCUGAAAGAGGAAAUUCUGACCAUCAUGUGUGACGGGCUGCUCAGAAAGGUGCCGAUAUUCCGGAACUGUGACAAAAGCUUCAUCUCCUCGAUCCUGCCUCACCUGCAGCAUGAGGUCUUCCAGGAGGGCGACGUCAUCGUCCAGCAGAACGGGCCAGGUGACCGCAUGUUCCUGAUCGAGCACGGCCAGGUCCUGGUGGAGAGUCUGGAGAAGGAGCUCUGCGAUGGAGACCACUUCGGAGAGAUGUGCCUCCUUAACCAGGGCAAUCGCUUGUCUACUGUCCGAGCCCUGACUGUGUGCCAGCUCUUCUCUCUGUCUGUGACUAGCUUUCACGAGGUGCUGCAAAGAUUCCCGGACGUUAGGAAGGAGGUGGAGAAGAUGUCUGACAACACCAACACAAGCUUUGUGUGACACAAAUACUGAAGAGACAAAAAUGUUCCUUUCUUUUAUACACCAAACAUGUAGUUUGUUUUCCCCCAAUACAUUGAUAAGUCAAAGAAGAUUCUCAAAGAAGGAUUUGAAUCAGUGUAAAAUUCUAUGAAAGUUAAGUAAGAGCAACUACAUUUUUAAUGACCCCACAGACUCGAUUUUAGUAAUUUAAUAUUUUAUUUGUAUUUUUCGAGUUACAUCAAAUAAUCAUCGGGAAAGAAAUCAAUCAUUUAUUUUGUUAGAGUGCCCCAAAAACCGUGAAAGAUUUAAACUUACUGUACUGCGCAGGUCUAUUUUGGUCUAUUUUACCGUUUAGCAGGCAUAUUUGACACAGACGUGCGCUGCUCACCCCACUCACCCCAACCCUGGAUGAACCGGUCACGCGAAUCUCACACACUCACACACACGCAAGCACGCAC